AUGUGCCCUUCUGGAAAGGCAACAAUUCAGGGUUUGACAUAUUAUGGUGAUGAUCCUUGCGCAAGUUACACAUGCAAUGGAUAUACAAGCUUUACACUUGAUGUUAUAACAGAUGAAACAACUAAUUCUACAACAUCUUUCACAUGUUCUUCAAAAGGACAAACUUAUUCGUUUACUAGGUUUUUUACUUCCACGACAUACACUCAAAAAACAAUCACCUGCCCAUCACCAGAACAAUUGUGUAGAACUAGAGAAAUGUUAGAACAAUACUUUACUUCUGAUCCAUUUUCAGGUGUUGUCUUUCCAACUCCAAAACCAACACCUGCUGCAACUCCACCAUCAACUCCUAAGCCAACUCCAGAAGCUACUCCUGCUUUUGAUUCUAUUCCUGAGUUCGAGCAAAUAAGAAUUACAAAUGAUAAUAGAUUCUUCAAUGGAACAUAUUCAGAUCCACAGGCAUGCACAACAGUUGGACAACAAGUCACUUGGGGAGGAACAACAUAUACAUGCAGAUCACAAGAUAUUAUGACGGCAGCUCAAACUGCAGCUUACUAA